AUGGCAGAAGAUACUCACCCAGCCUAUCUCUCGCCCAGCGAGCUGGGCACAAAGGACUACUGGGAAACAUACUACGCCCGCACCCUCGCACACAUCUCGCACGCCGAAACCAACCCAGACACCAAGGCUGAGGCCGGCGAAAAUGCCGAUGCAGACUCAGACGCAGACUCAGACGUCAACGACGAAGAUGACCCCGGCACAUCAUGGUUCUCCGAGCACAACGCGCCCGAGAAAGUCCUCCACUUCCUAACGAGGCGAACAUUCCCGCUCGCGCCGCGGAAUACCCGCGCGGAAGGACAGGCGCAGCCGUCUGUUCUGGAUCUCGGAACUGGCAAUGGUAGUAUGCUUGCGCUUUUGAGGAAGAAGGGCCGGUUUAGCGGGAGGAUGGUUGGGGUGGAUUAUUCGGCGAGGAGUGUGGAGUUGGCGAGGGAGUUGCAGAGGGUUAGGGGGCAUUCUGCGUAUCGGACGGAUAAUGAGGAUGAUGAUGAUGAUGAUGAAGAAGAAGAUGAGGAUGAGGGAGAGGGAGACAAUGCGGACGCAGAUACCCCCGAACCUGCACCCAUCCAAUUCGAGGAAUGGGAUAUCCUUGGCUCCAAGGCUGUCCUCUCCGAGUCCGGCGUGAAAACCUCUCCCACCAGCGACGACGUAACACUACCCUGGUUCCCCUACGAAGAAGGUGGUUUCGAUAUUGUCUUGGACAAGGGGACGUUCGAUGCGAUCUCGCUGGCGGACGAUGCCAAGGCGACGCGCGUUUGUGAACGGUAUCCUGAUAUCGCGCGGCGGUUGGUGCGGAGAGGUGGAUUUUUGAUCGUGACUAGUUGUAAUUGGACGGAGGAUGAGCUUGUGAAGUGGUUUGUUGCUGGGAAGGAGGAUGGGGAGAAGAAGGAUGCGUUGGUUGUUUGGGGGCGUGUUGAGUAUCCGCGGUUUAGGUUUGGAGGGCAGGAAGGGCAGGGAGUGUGUACGGUUUGUUUUCAGCGGGUUGGGGAGGUUUGA